GCCAAAUAUUGCAAAUUACUGGUACAAAAUCGUAUAGAGGCAUAUGAAAUUUCUCAAGAAUUCGAGACUCCUAUUGUUUCAUUAAAUAUCUGGAAUGCAAUUGAAUGUUGUGCAAAAUCUUGGAAAGGUGUAAGUUCCGAAACAAUUCAAAAUUGUUGGAAAAAACCCCAAAUAAUCCCACCAUCAUCACAAGAUAGUCAUAUUGUAGAAACUGUUCAAGAUAAUUUUGAAGAAGAAUCAUCACAACUGGAACAUCUAAUUGACAAAUUACCAUUUGACGAUCCUAUUAUGGCAAUUGAUUAUAUUACGAUUGACAAUGAAGUGGUUGAAGAAGAAACAGUAAUGGAAGAUGAAGAAAUCAUAGCUACAGUCACAUUGACAUCUAACAAUGGUAAUCAAGAGGAAGAAAUAGAAACUCCU